GGGGCUCUUAAUCAAUGACAAGGAGGUAACUCGAUGUGACGCUGAUGAAAACGUCCAUCAAACCCAUCUCCUGGUAAUUACCAGGUGAUUUUAGAUUUCCGCAUGCAGUGAAGAAGUAGUUAGCACAUAAUAAUAAAUAUCUGAGGCAGACUGAAGCUUCCACAGACUAAAUUUACCAGCAGUUUGAACAAUGUGUUACAGUCAGUGGCUGUGUCUCCGCUCCUUUCCUGCCGUUUUGAUAGGGUGAGGCGACAUCAUGUGUGUGCACCCGACCUCGUAUGAGAGCACACACCAAACAGGGCAUUAAAUACAAUAAUCCCUUUCUGCCCCUUCAAAUCGCACUCUUUCUUUUACUUUCAUCUCUCUUUACCGAGAUAUAAAGUCCCUCAUUUCCUUUUCUCCUGCCUUCUCCUUCUUCUCACUCAGUCGUAUCCAUCGGUUCAAGCACUUGUCCUUUUCGCACUCCAUUCUAGAUGAAAUACGGAAGAGAAUUACAUGAAAAUGUAUUUGCACCAUGGCGCCUGUCGUAUAUGGCAUACGAUGUUCUGAAAAUGGAACUCAAGUCUCGCCAGGAGGACCAUCCAUGGACCAGUCAAGACGAGUCAGAUUUCAUACAGCUUUUGGAUAACGAACUCAGCAAAGUACACGAUUUCGUUAAUGCCAAGUUGGCGGAAAUCGAUGCACGUAUUACAUACUGUGAACGCACCAUUCAAACCAUACAAAAAAACCCUUCCAUGUCAUCAGAAACCAACUAUACCAUCAUGGAUGAAGCAUUGACUGAAAUUCUCUUCGAUGUCAAUGAUUUGGCCAAAUUCACUCGCGUCAACUUCGUGGGCUUUCAAAAAAUUCUGAAGAAGCACGACAAAUGGACUGGCCUGGAUCUGAAGCAAACUUAUGUGCGACAGUUGAGAGAAAAGCCACUUGACAAGCAGCGCUUCGACGUUGCUAUUGUGUAUAUCUCUGCUUUACACGAUCUCUGUCGCACGCGAGGUCAGACAAGAACCGGCAAUGCAGCCGCGGGCGGAGACCAAAACGCCUUUGAGCGUGCGACUAGCAAGUAUUGGAUCCACCCCGACAACAUCACCGAGGUCAAGGCGAUUAUCAUGUUGCAUCUUCCUGUACUUAUUUUCAAUCAAGAAAAGAAGUUUGAAGCAAGUGAUUCAGCUAUUUCAAGUGUUUAUUAUGACAAUUAUGACUUUGACCUUUACACUGGCCGAUUGCAACGUGAUGAAGGUGCUGAAGCCAUUCGCUUUAGAUGGUAUGGCCCAGUGGCUUCUCCCAAUAUCUUUAUUGAAAGAAAAACCCAUCAUGCACCAUGGCUUGAUGGAGCUUCCGUCAAAGAUCGCUUCCGACUCAAGGAGCCCCAAGUUAAUUCAUUCGUCAGUAGACGACUCACUGCUGAUGAUAUUGCAAGAGAAAUGCGCGACAAAGGUGCAGAUGGUGCCCAAAUUGAGGAUGCUCACUUCAUUGCCAAAGGAAUUCAACAAUCCUUUGAAGAAAAGCACUUGACGCCCAUCUUGCGAGUCUUCUAUAACCGUACUGCUUUCCAACUUCCUGGAGACCAAAGACUUCGCUUGUCGCUGGACACCGAUAUGACCUUCAUUCGUGAAGAUGACAUGGAUGGCCGUGUUCGACGCAUCGGUAACAACUGGCGCCGACAAGAUGUUGGUAUCGAUCAUCCUUUCCCCAAUGUACCCGAUAAGGAUAUUCUUCGCUUCCCAUAUGCCAUUCUGGAAACAAAACUUCAAACUCAUUUAGGUCAAGAGCCGCCACAAUGGCUGACAACCUUGUUGGAUUCCCAUCUUGUCCAUGAAGUUCCAAGGUUCUCAAAGUACCUCCAUGGUGCUUCUCAUUUUUACCCUGACAAAAUUCCUCUAUUGCCUUGGUGGCUGUCCGAAAUGAGUGUCGAUAUCCGAAAGCCACGCAGUGAAAAUGCCGGUCUUUCUCGUUCCAAGAGUUUCAAGCCUCUUAUCGACGGCAAAUACAGACGCGCUGUAUUGGAAGAAGAAGAGCGCAUCAAGAAAUCGGAAGCGGUAUCGGGAGGCAAAAGUCUGCCCACUCCAAUAGGGCGCAGAAAUAGCGAGUCCACUGGCAAUUCAUACGACCCUAUGCUACGACCCUCCAGCAGUACAAGUGCUGGCUUUACUGCUGUGGAUAUGCAUGAUUCUCGCCCUACACUUGUUAACACAAGCCCUCCAGCUGUCUAUGACAAGCGUUUCUCUUCUAUGGUGGACACUGCCUUCAAUAUAAAACCAUCUUCAAGCCCCAACGACAAGUCGUAUUGGAGAAAAUCUGCCAGUGUCUUUGCACGCAACGAAAGUAAAGAUUCAAAUGUGGGCGGUGGCAGCGAGCUUAAGAAAAUGGGCCAAGCUGUGGAAAUUGAUGCUACCAAAAAGAAGAAGAUGGUUAAAGCGGAACCCAAGGUUUUCUUCGCAAACGAGCGUACAUUCAUAUCUUGGUUGCAAUUUUGUGCUCUGUUGUUGACGGUUGCCCUUAAUCUUCUCAACUUUGGUGAUGCCACCAGUCGCAUAACUGGAGGAAUUUUCAUUGGUAUUGCUGCAUGCAUUGCCAUUUAUGCGUUGUAUAGAUUCGAAAGAAGAGCAUGGAUGAUCAAUAGACAAAUUGACGGCAGAUAUGACGAUCUGUGGGGACCUGCAGUUCUUUGUGUCUUGGUUGUUGUUGCUCUCAUUAUCAACUUCUACCUUCGCUUCCGCCCAGGAGCAACAUAAAACUUUAGUUUGAGGCAUAGAAGAGCUAGUGGUAAACAACUUGUGCGAAACAAUAUUUCCCUCUCAUGCUCUAGUUGUUUGCAAUGUAACAUACCCGCUUUUUCUUUCUUUCUUUCAUUUCAUUUCAUUUCAAUUAAUUCAUUUCACUUCCUUCUAUAUCUAAGCAUUUAUACCACAUAAAAUGAUUUCCAUGAGUAUAUAUACACUUACUUCCAGCAGAGAGCAACAAUAAAAGGUUCUUUCGGAUUUUUGUAUGCUGAU